AUGGACUUGGUAGGCGAACGUUACUACAAACUGAACAAAAUUCUCCUGCUGUGUCUCGGUCUGUGGCCGUAUCAGAGUCCGAUCCUGAAGAAGCUUCAGAUAGUUUUCUUUCAAACGUUAUUCCUCUCCUUUCUGGUGUGCCAGUUGAAUACAUUUUUCGUGAAACAAUACAACAUUGAUCUUGUCCUGAAAGUUUCCAUUUUGGCCAACUUUAUGACGAGCAGUUUCGCGACAUUCUAUUUCGUGUUGAUAGGCCUCGGAGUCAUCUCGACGAGCAUCAGUUGCGUUAACGUGAAAGAGCUGUUGGACCGAGUGCAGCACGAUUGGCGCACGUUGAAGGACAAGAAGGAAUGCGAGAUCGUUCAAUAUUACACCAUAAUCGGAAUGCGAUACACAAUAGUUUUUUUUGCCACGAGCUUCCCGCUUUUGUUUUGUUUUAUUUUCGGUUUCUAUCUGCCGGGUUUUCUCGACCUCGUCCGUCCCUUGAACGAGUCCCGUUCAAGGAGACUGCCCAUCCUGGCGGAAUACUACGUCCUCGAUGAGGAGAAGCACUUUUAUCCCAUUCUGGUUCAUCAGUCCUUGCUUGCUUUGUUAGGCGUGACCACAGUUCUCGCCACCGAGACGCUGAAUAUGGUGUGCAUUCAUCACGCUUGUGGAUUGUUCGAAGUGGCCAGUUAUCGUCUGAAACACGCGUUCGACGACGUAUCCUCGUGGAUGUGCGACGGUGAAAAACACACUGCGAUUCGCGCGAGAAUCGUGGAAGUGGUGAAUAUCCAUAGAAGAAGUAUCGAUUUUCUAGAUUACCUGUUGUCCACGUUUAUCUUCACCUAUCUGGUUGUGCUCAUACUGGGCGUCAUCGCAAUAACCAUUAAUAUGUUCCGCCUGAUCGAAGCUAUCUUGGCGCUGAACGAUUUUGAGGAAUUAUUGGCGGCCGGAGCAUUUAUCGCGGGCCAAUACGGAUUUUUGUUUUUCGCCAAUUACUUCGGUCAGAAAGUAACGAACCAUAGCAUCAUCGUGUUCGACGAGGCAUACGACGUGCCUUGGUAUUCGGCGCCUGUCCAAAUUCAGAAGCUUCUCACAUUCAUACUGCAGAGAACGGUGAAGGGUUACGUGUUGGGCAUCGGGGGUAUAAUUAUGGCGUCCUUGGAAGGUUUCGCAUCGAUGGCAAGUUUGACGCUGUCUUAUCUCACCGUAAUUUAUUCCGUGCGUUGAACCUGAACCCGAUCUGUCUCUCUCUAGUACUAGUUCUGAAAAAUUAUCAGUAGCAUAUGCAUAUCGAGUCUUUAUUCACGCAGAACGAGAUAACGUUGUGAACGUUAUAUAACGAAACCACGUGUUUGAACAGUAAACAUUUAUGACAGAACGUCACACACAAAGUCUUUAUUUUCACUUUGUAUCCUUUGUACCUUGGCGUCAUUUCGCGCAGCUUCGUUCGUUCGUAUUAAAAACGCACGUAAAUAACCGGACAUAGGUAUACCGGAAUACGCACUUUGUAUGCGCGAUUCGCCGAGUAGGUUUGUUAGAACUUGAAAGAGAGAGAGAGCACAAACCGCAGACACAACUCACCGACAAAAAACGGAC